AACAUCGUCUGCUUUCAUUUCUUGUCAUGACGUUUCCACCGUUUCCACAGAAGCUAGUAGUAAACAAACACUUCUAAUAUUUUCAUAAUUUUAUGUUGUUUAACAUAUCGUUGGAUACCCAAAUAUGUCUUCAAGCGAAUGUCGUAUUUGUUUACGGUACGAACUGAAUUGUGUGUCGCUGUUCGCUAAACGACGGGGAACUAAAUUAGCGGAAAUAAUCCGUUUCUGUGCUAGAAUUGAGAUAUCCGAGGAUGAUGGCUUACCGGGAGAUGCCUGUGCGAGAUGUGUGGUUGAAGCACUCAAUGCGUAUUUGUUCGUGAAUAAAUGUCGCCGGUCCGAUGCGGAAUUACGAACGGCACAAGCCACUUGCAAAGAUGGAUCCGAAGAAGACCAACAAAUAGAAAACCCAAAUAGCACAGUGAGAGACGAUAUCGAGUCAGAGCUGAAACUCUCAUCGGAACUGGGAUAUGAAGAUGAUAUACUAUUGGAUGAUCAUAUGUCUGAAAAAGUGUCCAAUAGCCUAGGUCCAAGUGACAGUGCCACUGAAAUACGAAUGGAUGAUAAUGCUAUACCAAUAAUUUAUGAUCACUCAGUACAGCAGGACGCACUAGCAACUUGUGAAGAAACUGAAUUGCAUGAAAUACAAUUGCAGUUUCCGCUAGAGAGUAAGGAAGAGUCCGAACCAUCUGAUGAAUAUGUUUUAGACGUUAAACAAGAAAUAGCACAGUGUUCUGAUGAAGAAGGCGAUCAAGAAUUCCUUGUAGAAUACUUAGAAGAUGAUUUCAAAUCUGAUGUGCUGAUAGAUGAAAAUUCGGAGUAUGACCAAGAAAUGGGAAUGGAAAUUCACGAAGAAGUCAAAUCAGAUAGUAACGAAACAUCGUGUACAACAUCGAUGGCUCCCAAAAGAUUUAUGUGCUGUGGAGCACGGUGUAGAGCUGUUUUCGAUACACAAGAAGAAUUAUUGGAACACUCUGAACAGAAACAUUUCCCACAUAGAAAAUGUAAGAGUAGCAAAAAGCCUUUUGAAUGUAAACAGUGUUUCUCACAUUUUAGCACGGAAAAGAAAUUGUUACACCAUAGUAGCAAAUCGACCGAGUGUACACUUUGUUCUCAGAUGUUUUCGUCAUUGAAGCAGCAACGUCUCCAUAUGCACAAGGUUCACGGCCAUCCAGAUCCGGAAGCCGAGAAUAAUUCGCAGAAAAAAAUAUGCUGUGGCUGUUAUCAAUCAUUUGACAGUGACAUGGAUCUUCGUCUGCACACAGAACAACAACAUUCAAUACGCAAAAGUGCCGUAGAUGACACCCGCCCUCUCCAAUGCAACGUAUGCUACAAACGCUUUCGAACAGCGGAAAGUUUACGAAUCCAUCAGCGAUUUGUGUACAGACCAAAAAAUUUCGUGUGUACUGCUUGUAGUCGAGCAUUCGAUACUCAUUCGAAGCUUAUCACCCACCAAUUGGUGCAUUCCAACGAGCGAAAGUUCAAGUGUGACAAAUGUGUGAAAUCAUUCAAGAAGGAAAUCGAUCUCAAGAGUCACUCGUUACUGCACGAAGAAAAGCAAGAGAUGUGCACUGUUUGCGGCUUACGGUUCCAUCGAAAGUCUAACCUAAAAAUGCACAUGAGAAAGCACCAGGACACAUUCUUCUAUGCCUGUUCCGAUUGUCCUAAACAAUUUAAAAAUCAUUCGCAUCUGAAUGAACACUAUAAAGUGCACUCGAAACAGAAACCUUACGACUGCAGAUACUGUGAGAAAAGUUUUGCUUAUUUCAGCGACAGAAAAAGACACGAAAUGACGCAUACAGGAAAAUAUCCAUUUGAGUGCAUAUGCUCGAAAAAGUUUGCACGUAAAACCACCUUCCAAAAACACACUGAUAUUUGUCAAGAAAGUAUGGAUUACGAACAGAAUAAAAAGAUUACAACAUAGUUAACUUAUCUUAUUAGUUUUAACUAGCUAUACUAGCAAAUUUUUUCCAAAAAGCCAAAUAAAGUGGAACCCCGAUCAUCCGCGAGCGGAUGAAACGCGGUGCGGAUUAUUCACGACAGUAUUAAAUCAACAUAAUAAAUCAAUAGGACUUCUUGGAAUUUGUCAGUGAGUGGUAGGACUAUGCUCAUUUGUUUUGGUCAUAGAUUUUACAUUAUUUGGCCACUGGUGUACACGACCUUCUAGAUGAAUGGUUUAAUGAUUUCUAUAUUGAUAAAACAUAGCUUCCAUGCUGAAACAUAUUUUUUUUCGUGUUUGUACCUCAGUUUCAAUUCCUUAAUGCGUUAUCCGCGAUUUUCGUUAUUCGUGGUGAACUUGCCCGACUAUUCCGCGUAUAGUUGGGUUCCUACUGUAGUAAUAAAAAUAUAGAUACUUACGUCAGAACGGAUAAAAAUGGAAAAUACUUCAGCUGAAAAGAAAUUCAGUCUUCUUGGAUAUGAUAAACCCUUUUAUCCCGCGCGGCGAAUGACGUAAGAGAACAAAGUUUCUCGCUCUAUUAUACUCGAGUCGAUAACAUAUAAGGAAAAUUAGGCAAAGUCUCUAUAAAAGUUAAAAAAAGGUUCUCAAAUGGGGAUCAGCAAAGGUAGGAGCCUUCCGUUGGUCUCAACUGUGCCGAUUUCACGCCUUCACGAAGAUCAUGGGCCCUAUGAUAGAAAUCGAGGCGAUAAGAAUUUUGCUCGUUAGACCUAUUUUACUAUUAUAGAAAUCGAGCAAUUCAAUAGCACCGUGCGAGUGAUAGCUAUCGAUGCAAGUGUCAGAACUUUUCGAGUUGUUUGGUUCAUUUGUUGCAUACCUUCAGAGAAUUAUUUUGUUUUGGUUUGCGUCCCUGAUAUUUUCCUUUAGGAAACAUUUCAGAAACGCUUGAAUAUAUGCAAUUUUCAACACAUGUUCGUUUGUUUUGAUCAGUAUUUGUUUUACGGUGCUGCCAGAAUAGUCUAUACAAGGUAAUUGUUCAAUCCAACAUUAUUCAUAUUAAUUAUGUUAUAAUUUACAAUGCAGAACUUACUUCCAGCACAUAUUUCAGUGGCUGAAAACGAGUGGACAGACAAAUCACCACCUGUUUGGACGACUCGUUGAACCAAUGGAAGCGAAUGUAAACAUUGCUCGAGGUAUUUGUGGAGGAAGUUCAAAUAAAAUCCCGGUUAAGGAAACGUGGGAGGAAUUCAGUGAGGAGCUUAAUGCGCUGAAACCAUCAAUGCGUCUUGGUUCAGAAUGCCAGAAAAUUUGGUUUGACAUGAGGUGAAAAGUAAAUAAACACUAGCACACAACAAGCGAGAAUUCAGGGCCAAAGAUGGUGGCCCAAUACAAUAAUGCUAUUGACGCCGCUACAACAAGAAAUCGACACUAAAAGAG